AUGGCCGAACCACUGCCAGCCGUGCUCAAGAUCCCCGAAGUGAGCCGGUUCAUCAACCGCGCGAACCAGCUCAGAAACAUCAAGCCCGCCCUCGCAUACUGGUGUGAAUACCAUGCUGUCAACCAGAUCGUAGGCAAGGGCCUCCACAACUCAGACGACGAAGCCUUUGAGUUCACAAAGACCCUGAUCGAGCGCCUCGAGAUAACAAAGACGGAGCGCCCUGACGAUGAAGCGAUUAUCGACAAUGCUGCUGGACAAGCCUACGUUGAGCAAUUCGCCCAGCAGACGUUUGAUCGCGCCGAGCGUACCCUGCGAGCUGAUAAAGUGACGAGACAAACCGCCGACACAUUCGAUGCCGCCGCAACUUUCUUCGAUCUUACCCGUGAAUGGGGCGAGCCUGACCCCGAGGUUUUGAAAAAGAUCAAGUUCGCAAAGUGGAACGCUGCGCGAAUCCUCAAGGCAAUUCGUGAAGGCAAAGACCCUAAUGAGACAAACCCUAGAGCGCCAGAACCCGAACCAAGUGUUAGUCUCGACCCAUCUGACCCUGAAGUUCAACUCUUGACAGGAGGUCAGCCAGCGACAGUUGAAGAUGCACCAGACGCUGGGGAUUCACCCAAAGUUGCUACACCUACAGAGGCGCCGACAAAGGACCCAACUGACCCUAGUUAUUUCCCACCCCAAAGUGAACCAGAGGGACAGGCACCAGAGCCCUUUGUCCCAUCGCCUAUGAGCACAAGUUCUACCCCAGGUGGCGAGCUUGGUCGCCCGCCAGUCGGCCUACCGCCUGAUGUGUCUCCUGCAGUAGAGUCUCCAGCACAGCCAGCAACCGGUGCCCCUUCUUCCAUGGAACUACCCGACGAUCACGACGUUCUUGCAAGACCUAUGAUGCCUCACCUUAAUUCGUCGCACCCUGGAAAGCCCCUAGGCACAGAAUCACCAGCACCACUUGCUGUGGCGGCUGCUGCUAGACCAUUCCUCCCUCAUCUCGCUUCGUCACAGCCCGCGUCACCAGAUGUCGGAUUACCAGCACCUCUUGAAGCGGCUGCAAACGCAAGACCCUUUUUGCCUCACCUUACUUCUUCGGCCGUUGGAAACGGACCAGUUCCUCCAAGGGGCCCACCGUCUUCACAUCCCACCAAGGCACCAAUUGAUCAUUCAAACCCCCUCAAUGCCGCAGCAGCCGCAAGACCAUGGCUGCCACACCUUGCAUCCGCUCCUCCUGGAAAGGCACCCGUAGUUGAACCCGAGCCCGAACUGGCUCCAGGUGUCGAGCCUAUCAGGCCAAUGAUGCCACACCUUGCCUCUUCACACCCUGGGGGCUCACCAGCUCACUCACCUCCUGCGCAGGCCCCUACAUCUGCACCUCCUCCAGCAAAUUACACGACAGACCAGAAAGAUAUCAACCAGGCUCAGAAGCACGCUAAGUGGGCAAUAUCGGCGUUGAACUUUGAGGAUGUGCCUACUGCAGUUCAAGAGCUGCGCAACGCACUCGCGAUGCUUGGGGCACGAUAA